AUGUCUUCUGCCUCUUGGAUCACUUCCUUUUCAUGCUCAAGCUCUGUGAUUCAAUCUGUAGAGGACACAUCUAUUUUACCCAUUUUUCAAUGGCUAAGAUUCAUCUUCCUCUCACCAUGUCCUCAAAGGAUUGUCCUAUCUUCUGUCGAUAUCCUGUUUUUGUUUGCCGUCCUGUUGUUUUCAAUUCAUAAGCUCUAUUCUAGAUUCGUUUCCAAUAGCCGCCCUGAUCCUGACAUAAGCAAGCCUCUUGUUAGAAACAAUAGAGCUGUUCUUGGAACUAAUCUGUGGUUUAAGCUGUCUCUGAUUGUGACAGUUCUAUUCGCAUUUUCCUACACUGUUUUAUCCAUUCUAGCCUUUUGUAGAAAUGCUCAGUUGCCAGAGAAGCUAGUGGAUGGAAUAUUUUGGUUAAUUCAAGCAAUAACUCAUGCGGUGAUUACUAUAUUGAUUGUCCAUGAGAAGAGGUUCCAAGUCAUCACUCAUCCAUUGUUGCUUAGAGUUUACUGGGUUGCAAACUUCGUCGUCAUUACUUUGUUCACCGUUUCUGGGAUUGUUCGUCUAAUCUCUGUUGGCGAACCUGAUCCUGUUUUGUUGCUGGAUGAUGUAAUUUCAUUCGUUAGUUUGCCGUUAUCAAUUGUACUUCUUAUUGUUGCCUUAAGAGGAUCAACUGGAAUUAUUGUGAGAAGAGAAUCAGAUUCAGAAAUGGAUGUAGAAGACAAAUUGUACGAACCCCUAUUGGACAAAUCCAAAAUAACUGGCUUUGCCAAUGCUUCUAUCAUCUCCAAAGCGUUUCUGCUUUGGAUGAAUCCCUUAUUACGUAAAGGUUAUAAAUCUCCCCUGAAGGCUGAUGAUAUCCCAACACUUUCACCGGUCCAUAGAGCUGAACGAAUGUCUCAGUUCUUUGAAUUGAAUUGGCCAAAGCCUCAUGAAAAAUCAAACCACCCUGUGCGAACCACAUUGCUUCGGUGCUUCUGGAAGGAAAUUGCCUUCACUGCCUUCCUGGCAAUUGUCCGGCUUUGUGUCAUGUUCGUGGGGCCUGUUCUCAUCCAAGGAUUCGUUGAUUUCACCUCUGGGAAAGGGAACUCCCCCUAUGAAGGAUACUACCUUGUCAUUACUCUCCUCCUUGCCAAAUUUGUGGAAGUUUUGACCUCACACCAAUUCAACUUCAAUUCUCAAAAGCUUGGAAUGCUCAUUCGAUCCACCCUUGUGACUUCUUUAUACCAGAAAGGCUUGAGGCUGUCAUGUUCGGCUAGACAGGCUCAUGGGGUUGGACAGAUUGUGAAUUAUAUGGCUGUAGAUGCUCAGCAGCUCUCUGAUAUGAUGCUGCAGCUACAUGCCAUAUGGCUUAUGCCAUUGCAAGUUACUGUCGCUUUAAUACUUCUAUCUCGUUAUCUUGGUUCCGCAACAAUUACAACUCUGGUUGGAAUUAUAGCAGUUUUGUUGUUUGUAUUGUUGGGCACAAGACGAAACAACAGAUUCCAACGCAAUGUGAUGAAAAAUCGGGAUUCAAGAAUGAAGGCCACGAACGAGAUGCUUAAUUACAUGCGUGUAAUCAAGUUCCAGGCUUGGGAAGAACACUUUAACAAGAGAAUUCAAACUUUCCGUGAAUCAGAAUUCGGGUGGCUAUCCAAGUUUAUGUACUCGAUAUCUGGCAAUAUCGUUGUUAUGUGGAGCACCCCAGUGCUUGUAUCUGCCAUCACCUUUGGUACUGCAAUUUUGAUAGGGAUUCCUCUUGAUGCAGGGACUGUUUUCACUGCAACAACAAUCUUUAGGAUUCUUCAGGAACCAAUCAGGACAUUCCCUCAGUCUAUGAUCUCAAUCUCACAAGCAAUGAUCUCACUGGAUAGGUUGGACAAGUUUAUGACAAGUAAGGAGCUGGUUGAAAAGUCGGUGGAGAGAGAGGAAGGUUGUGGUGGUAGGAUUGCAGUGGAGGUGAAAAAUGGGAAUUUUAGCUGGGAUGAUGAAGGUGGGGAAACAAUGGUAAAAAAUUUGAAUUUGGAGAUCAAAAAAGGGGAGCUUGCAGCUAUCGUUGGGACUGUUGGAUCAGGGAAAUCUUCCCUCCUGUCCUCAAUUCUUGGCGAGAUGCACAAAAUAUCAGGAAAGGUCAAGGUUUGUGGCACCACUGCCUAUGUUGCGCAAACAUCAUGGAUUCAAAAUGGGACAAUUCAAGAGAACAUCUUGUUUGGUUUACCAAUGGAUAGAGAGAGGUACAGGGAAGCCGUUAGGGUCUGCUGCUUGGAGAAAGACUUGGAAAUGAUGGAGUUUGGAGAUCAAACUGAAAUUGGAGAGCGUGGCAUCAACCUCAGUGGUGGCCAGAAGCAGCGGAUACAACUUGCUAGAGCUGUUUAUCAGGAUUGUGACAUCUAUCUUCUUGAUGAUGUAUUCAGUGCGGUUGAUGCUCACACUGGGUCUGAAAUAUUCAAGGAAUGUGUGAGGGGUGCUCUCAAAGACAAGACAAUUCUACUUGUGACUCACCAAGUUGACUUCUUGCACAAUGUUGAUCUUAUCUUAGUCAUGCGAGAUGGGAUGGUUGUGCAAUCAGGAAAGUACAAUGAUCUUCUGGAGUCUGGCUUGGAUUUCAAAGCACUGGUAACUGCUCAUGAAACCUCCAUGGAACUUGUAGACGUGGAAACUAACAUGUCCAGUGAAGAUUCCCCCAAAACACAAAAAGUUUCCCGGGCAUUUUCUGACCACGGGGAAGCAAAUGGUGAAGACAAUUCCUUGGAACGAUCCAAUUCCGAUAGGGGAACUUCUAAACUCAUUAAAGAAGAAGAGAGAGAAACUGGCAAAGUCAGCUUAGAUGUUUACAAACAAUAUUGCACCGAGGCUUAUGGGUGGUGGGGUGUAGCAAUGGUAUUGAUAAUGUCAUUAGUGUGGCAAUCUUCUCUAAUGGCGAGUGAUUAUUGGUUGGCAUAUGAAACUUCAGAAGACCGGUUAUUCAACCCAUCUCUAUUUAUUAGCGUCUAUUCAAUUAUUGCGGCGAUUUCAAUAGUGCUAAUAACGAUAAGAGCAUUUUUGGUUACAAUCGUUGGGCUUAAGACAGCUCAAAUUUACUUCAAGCAAAUUCUUCACAGCAUCCUGCAUGCUCCUAUGUCAUUCUUUGACACUACACCUUCUGGAAGAAUCUUAAGUCGGGCAUCAACAGAUCAGACCAACAUUGAUCUCUUCCUUCCCUUCUUUUUGAGCAUGACUAUUGCCAUGUACAUCACAGUGCUCAGCAUCAUCAUCAUCACAUGUCAGUAUGCUUGGCCAACGAUAAUCCUUUUAUUUCCACUUGGUUGGCUGAAUUUCUGGUACCGGCGAUACUAUCUAGCGACAUCUCGUGAAUUAACUCGACUCGAUUCCAUUACCAAAGCACCUGUGAUUCAUCACUUCUCAGAAAGCAUAUCUGGUGUUAUGACAAUUCGCUGUUUCAGGAAGCAGAAUAUGUUUUUCCAGGAGAAUGUCAACAGAGUGAAUGCAAAUUUACGAAUGGAUUUCCACAAUAAUGGAUCCAACGAGUGGUUGGGCUUUCGUUUGGAACUGAUUGGAAGCUUCAUCCUAUGUGUUUCUGCAAUGUUUUUGAUCUUGCUGCCUAGCAAUAUCAUAAGGCCAGAGAAUGUUGGAUUAACUCUCUCGUAUGGCAUGUCUCUCAACGGCAUACUAUUCUGGGCCAUAUAUAUGAGCUGCUUUGUGGAAAAUAGAAUGGUUUCUGUUGAAAGAAUAAAACAGUUCAUAAAUAUUCCCUCAGAAGCUGAAUGGGGGAAACCAGAUUGUCUACCCCCUCAUAAUUGGCCUACCCAUGGCAAUGUUGGGCUCAAGGAUUUGCAGGUUAGGUAUCGGCCAAAUACCCCUCUGGUUAUUAAAGGCAUUACUCUCAACAUUCAAGGUGGAGAGAAGAUUGGUGUAGUUGGUCGAACAGGGAGUGGAAAGUCAACUCUAAUUCAGGUUUUCUUUAGGCUUGUGGAGCCUUCGGGAGGGAGAAUAAUCAUUGAUGGCAUUGACAUUUCAGUGCUAGGGCUUCAUGAUCUUAGGUCUCGCUUUGGGAUCAUUCCUCAAGAACCUGUCCUUUUUGAAGGAACUGUGAGAAGCAACAUCGACCCAAUUGGACUGUAUUCAGAUGAAGAGAUAUGGAUGAGCCUUGAGCAUUGCCAACUUAAAGACGUGGUGGCUGCAAAACCUGGAAAACUAGAUUCACCAGUUGUUGAUAGUGGUGAUAAUUGGAGCGUGGGGCAGAGGCAGCUUCUCUGUUUGGGACGGGUAAUGCUAAAGCAUAGCCGGCUUUUGUUCAUGGAUGAGGCAACGGCUUCUGUUGAUUCACAAACCGAUGCUGUAAUUCAAAAGAUCAUCCGAGAGGAUUUUGCAGCCUGCACAAUCAUCAGCAUUGCCCACAGAAUACCAACUGUCAUGGACUGUGAUAGGGUUUUAGUUAUAGAUGCAGGAUGGGCGAAAGAGUUCGACAAACCAUCUCACUUGCUUGAGAGGCCCUCAUUAUUUGGGGCAUUGGUUCAAGAGUAUGCAAACCGCUCGUCGGGACUAUGAGAUAUAAAAAAAAACCAUACCGGUUUUUCCCUAAAUUGCCUCGUGUGAUUUUUGCUGCUCUGCUAAUUUAGGAAAUCUUCCUCACUGACAAUAAAAGUCAUACAUUGCUUGUAGCAAAAUUUCACAAAUGUAGUGAUAGAAACUAUUCUUCCUUGUAGGUUGGAUGUCUUCCAUAAUCACAUUAAACAUCCACAUUAAUCAGCAACCCCAUGUUUAAUGUUGCAUAUGAUGCUGAGCAUUGUAUCAAACUUUUGUUCUUGCGUUAGAUUUCUGAAGUCUUUUUUCCUUUGAAGCUGGUGAUACGGGAGUUAUGAAUGUGAUCAUCUGCUAGUCUGUCCUUAAGUGCUCUAAGUUCUUGCGACAAAAGUGGGCAACUUUUUGUUGUCUUUUUGUUUUUUUGUUUUUUUUUUUUUAAAAAAAAAUAAAAUUUAUGUGAAA